AUGUCGGAGUUCCCCGUGGAGGGAGGGGAAAACGGUGACAUGCACACUGUCAUGGAGAAUUUGCAGAAGAAAAACAACCUGGUGUCAGGUAGAAGCCACGUCAGCCAUCAUCCGCAGGUCACCACGUCGUCACAGAUGCUGACGACGAACCAGAGCCAGAGCAGCAGCAGCAGCUCGAGCAGGGUGGCCAAAUCCUCUCAGAGGAUUCUUACCUCGUCCUCGUCGAGUGAAAUGAAAGCCAGCUCGAUGAAGAACGACCUGAGGGAACUGCAACGGGGCAUAUCCGAGAUGAAGAGCAACAUUUCGACCAAUUUCUCCCAACGAUUGCGCAGCAGCAUGGAGAACCUCGUGGACAGAGACGGGAACGGAACGGAGGAGGCCGACCUAACGGAGCCGUUGGUGACGUUUCCCGAUCCCGACACUCCGCCUCCUGCCACGGGGGCCGUCACGUUAACCGGGGGCUCGCCGUCUCAGCUGAGCUCUUUGAACUCGUUGAACAAUCUUCAUAAUAUGAGCCCGCCGAUCAGCAUGUCGAACAUGCCGAACAUGACCAGUCUGCCUGCUGGACAGGAGACGAUGAAGUUCGAACAGAAGAAGAUGACCAGCGCCUCCAAAACUAAGGUAGUCACGGACGGCUUCAGCGCGGAGAAAGCGACCGCGAACAGCGCCGAGAUGAGAGCUUUACAAGCCGGCGACGUCUCGUACAAGGAGCAAAGCGCCGCGACAGCGGCCAGGGCGCGGGUGGAACUCGACGGCGUCUCGGCGGAGAAAAGUGUCGCCGCGGCAAGGGAACAGCGAAGCCUGAAGGCAGGCGAUCUGUCGCACCAGGAGAGCAACAAUAUGGCGGCGUCCACCAUGAAACUGCAAAGCGACUCCUUCAGUUCUGAGAAGAAAGCGAUGGCGGCCCAGCAACAACGACAGACGGUCACCUCGACCGGGAUCUUCAACCACGAGAAACACAUGGCGUCCAGCUCGCAGUCCAGCAUCACGAUAGCCUCGAAAGGAGUGACAUCGAAGUCCUCGAUGAUCACCGCGGCGAAUGCGGUGAAUCAACUGAUGAACGGAAUGAGGCCAGGCGAGGACGAUCUCCUCUCGCUGCCUCUGGACGAUCUGGAUCUUCUCUGCUCGAAGUCGAAUCCUCAGGACGUGGAUCGUGCGAUCGCCAAGUAUUGCAGCUUUCUGGACAGUUUCGUGGAACGAUUGAAAAGCAACGACGGGAAAAAUGGCAAGGCUCCGUUGCUUCUGAACCGGGUGAACGAGAUCAUACGAAAAGCAUGGGCGGUGCCCACACACGGCCACGAGUUAGGCUACACCCUUUGUAACACUCUGAGAACGAGGGGCGGUCUGGAUCUACUGAUGUCGAAUUGCGUGGCCAGCGAUCAGGAACUACAGUUCUCAUCGGCGAGACUGUUAGAGCAAUGUUUGACCACCGAGAACAGAGCUCACGUUGUGGAAAACGGUUUAGAGAAGGUGGUGAACGUCGCCUGCGUUUGCACCAAGAACGCGAACUCGGUGGAUCAUUCGAGGGUUGGAACGGGUAUAUUGGAGCAUCUGUUCAAGCACAGCGAAGGUACCUGUAGCGACGUGAUCAGAUUGGGUGGACUAGACGCGGUGUUAUUCGAAUGCAGGAAGAACGAUGUGGAGACCUUGAGACACUGCGCAGGUGCGUUAGCUAAUCUCUCUUUGUACGGUGGCGCUGAAAACCAAGAGGCGAUGAUCAAGAGAAAGGUCCCCAUGUGGUUGUUCCCGUUGGCCUUUCAUAACGACGACAAUAUCAAGUACUAUGCCUGUCUGGCGAUAGCCGUGCUGGUUGCCAACAAAGAGAUCGAGGCAGCGGUACUGAAGUCCGGUACCCUGGACCUUGUGGAACCUUUCGUUACGUCGCACAAUCCGUACGAGUUCGCCAAGUCCAAUCUAGCACACGCGCACGGCCAGAGUAAGAACUGGCUGGAGAGGCUUGUGCCGGUAUUGAGCUCGAAAAGGGAGGAAGCCAGGAAUUUAGCUGCUUUCCACUUCUGCAUGGAGGCUGGGAUAAAAAAACAGCAGGGCAAUACAGAGAUCUUCCGAGCAAUAGGUGCUAUAGAACCGUUGAAGAAAGUCGCCAGCUGUCCGAAUGCUAUUGCCUCCAAGUACGCGGCGCAGGCGCUGCGUUUGAUCGGAGAGGAGAUACCUCACAAGCUCAGCCAACAGGUGCCACUAUGGUCCACCGAGGACGUCCGGGAAUGGGUGAAACAGAUCGGUUUCGCCGAGUGCGCGCAGAACUUCGUUGAGAGCAGAGUAGACGGUGAUCUUCUGCUCCAAUUAACGGAGGAGAAUCUCAAGGAGGACAUAGGACUUACGAACGGGAUCAGGAGAAGACGGUUCACCAGGGAGUUACAGAACCUGAAGAAAAUGGCCGAUUACAGUAGCAGAGACACCGGGAAUCUGAACAGUUUCUUACAGUCGAUCGGACAGGAAUUUUCUAUUUACACUUACAGUAUGCUCAACGCUGGCGUUGACAAGGAUUCGAUCAGGAAUCUGUCCGAGGAUCAAUUGCUGACCGAGUGCGGGAUCGCGAACAGUAUACACCGGUUGAGGAUACUAGAUGCGAUCAAGAAUAUGCAACACAAUCAGCUGGGCUCGUGCGAGAACGAGUCGCCAGACAAAUCGUUGGACGUGUUCGUUAGCUAUAGGAGAUCGAAUGGCUCUCAGUUGGCCAGCUUACUGAAAGUACAUUUGCAGUUGAGAGGCUUCUCUGUGUUCAUCGAUGUCGAGAGGCUAGAAGCCGGCAAGUUCGACAACAACUUGCUGCAGAGUAUCAGACAGGCGAAACACUUCCUCCUUGUGCUGACGCCCAAGGCUUUGGAAAGGUGUACACAGGAUACUGAGUGCAAAGAUUGGGUCCAUAGGGAAAUUGUAGCAGCUCUUCAGUCACAGUGUAAUAUAAUUCCCAUCAUAGACAACUUCCAAUGGCCAGAACCUGAGGAACUUCCUGAAGACAUGAGGGCGGUUUGCCACUUUAACGGUGUACGUUGGAUUCACGACUACCAGGACGCCUGCGUAGACAAGCUUGAAAGGUUUAUGCGCGGUGAAAUACCAGUCAGAUCAGAAAUGUCCGGUGGAAUUCCAAGAAGUAUGGCACCUAAAGACGUAACCCAACCGAACACACCGGGUAACACGAACAUUCGACAGCCACCAAACUACCAACGUAUGCAUAGUAACGAGAGCAGGGGCAGUGACAAAGAUUCGACGGGUGGGCGGGAUUGACUAGAGGGCCCGCCCACAGCUAUACCGAGCAGGUUUAGACAAUCGUCAAGUCCGUCCCGUUGGUUAAUGGGUCUACCACCCACUUCUCCGCGAUUGAAGUUUACUCACACACAUCCUGGGGGGAGUCCAGUACCCCGACGACCCCCGCGUCAUCCUCCUUCCCCAUCCACUAGAUCUCGUUCGUUGGAACUGUUGGACCAAGAUGAGAA